AUGAUAGCAACCUCUCACGCGGUCUUCUCAAAGAACUGGGAACAAACGAGUCGGCAAGACAUUCCGUCAAGUACUCGUUUGGCUCUCGUACUCGGCUUCAUCCUGGUAACUGUCCGUUCAUACAAACAGCCAGCUACCAUUCAGGUCAUCAACGAUGAUACACGCAAUGCUGCCAUCGAGCUCUGCCACAGGGUGCAAGCUGAUGCUGGUCCAAAGAGUCAGCCUCCCAUAGUCGUCAACUUUGCGAACCGUCACUCCCCAGGCGGAGGAUGGCUCAAUGGCGCCAUAGCACAAGAAGAGGCACUCCGCUACCGCAGCACCCUCGCAUUAAGUCUUAACAAAAAGCACUACCCAGUCGAGAGAGACGACGCUCUCUACAGCCCCUACGCACUCAUCAUGCGGGAUGAUCUAUCCUCAGGCCACGAGAUGUCAUCACUCCCUGCAAGGGAGCUUCCAGCUGUGAGCGCCCUGACUGUGGGUGCCUUGCGAGGUCCACCAGUUCGGUUUUUCACCAACGAACCUCGCAAAGGAAUAGACGUCCCAGACUCUUUGACGUCGACUGCUUCACAAGAAAACGAGGCUUCAGCUUCCAUUUCGGUCGACUCUGAGUUCUCUAGUCACGACACGGGCCACGCAGUAAUACAAUCGGGCUCUAAUACUGUAUCCGUCGGGUCAACCGAUGCUCUAUUCAGUGAGAGUUUUACAUCUUCUUCGACAGCCAUUACCUUAACCUCUAUUACUAUCACCUCGGCCUCUACCACUGUUACAUCGGUAUCUGCCGCUAUCACCUUGGACACCGCUACUGUCACUGAGGCCACCACGACCCCCAAUGGCGUGAUCGUACCAGCAGGGAGAUCAAUCAUUCUCCAAGUCAAUCUCGAUAGCAACAACAGAGGGCGUUAUCUCGUUAGAAGAACCCUAGGUGGAUUUGUAAGCCCGGCCGACACCGACAUCUGCACGUUUGCUUCCCUCUUCAAUCUCGCCCAGGGCCAGCUUUUUUCGAACGACUUUCCAAUCUAUUAUACAUCUGGCGACGACUACAAAGAACUCGUCGGAGUAGACCAACCUUCUAGAGGUUCUAUAUCAACGGGGUUUGCAGCCUCUGGCGGUUCGCUUGUCUUUAGAAAUAUCGGGUUGCCUAAUGGUGAGGCACAAUUCUGCCAGACGUCUGAUAGCCGAGUCUACGUCGUAUUCACCGAUGGACCUCCGGGGUGUGUCCCAGUCACGCUAUCUGUCUAUGAAUCUUCACAAUGCCAAAAUGGCCAGCUCGUGGGUGUUGGCGAGACUACUACUGCAUUUGGCACAUCAGCAUCUCAAGCUGUUAGUUUUGGCAGUGACACGUCCAUCACAAGUUACAAAACAGAGGACAGCACGAUAUCUCCAGAGACCAGCUCUAGUAUCGUCUCUUCACCAAGCUAUAUAACGCAGUCUGAGUCUGGAGACCUCCCUAUCACAGUUUCUAAAACGGAAGAGAGUACAGGUUAUCCAACCACUAUCCCUGGUACUCUACUUCCAUCAAGCCGUGUGACAGAGUCCGAGUCUGUAGUUCUCCAGACGUCCGGUACUAAGGCACCCCCGGAUGCAUCCUCCAGGACUUCCCAUGACACUUUGCUGAGCUCAGCCACUGCCAAUGCACCCACUCUUGAAGCCUCUACUUCAAACAUCCUGUCUGCAACUGGAACAGAUGGUGCAUCGAGUACUGACUCGGUGUUGACUGGCGUGGUCACAAGAGGAACGACAUCACAGUCGUCGCUCAACUUGAGUGAUUUGCCUGCAACAUCAACUGUCGUAAGCGAGACAGACUCGACACCUACGGCUCCAAAGACGACCAAUACAGGAAACGCUAGCACAAGGGACUCAACUUUCGACACUGGCUCAACUGUGGAUACUGCUAGUGCCGAUAAUACGACUACCGAGGUCACUACCAGGGCAGAUACAACUUCAAAGACUGAGGCGGGGGCAAGCACAACAGACACCGAUACAACUGCCAACGAAACCAUCUCGACUCAGAGUAGUACUACUGAGCUAUUCUCUUCUGGCACGACAACAACCGAGGAAGAUAACACUACCCUUGAAUCUAUCCCAACUCAGAAGACUACUACUGAACCAUCCUCCUCUGAUACAACAACAACUGCAGAGGAUACCACCUCAUCAAACGAAAGUCCUACGACCACGGAUGAGACUACCACAACACCUCAGGAUCCUACCACCACUACUGCAGAUCCAACGACAACCACAAGACCAUAUAGAAGUUGUGAUGAUCUCAAGCCUAGAUAUGCUAUAUCUGACGCAGACAAAUUCGACAUCUUCUGCACAAACGAUGUCACACAAGGAACUUAUAGUGAUAGUAGUUUUGCUUGGGAUUUUCAGGAAUGCAUGGAUAGAUGUUUUGCUCAGGGUGAUGUUUGUCGGGCUAUUACAUAUGAGAGGGCUAUAAGUAUAUGCAAGCUGUAUACAAGCACUGAUGGACAUGAGUUUUCUCAAGACAUUGAUUAUGCAGAAAAGGACUUUUGCUGUUAG